GAAUGCUCCAUUUGCCACUUAGACAGAUGACAACUGUGGCUAUAAAAGCAACUGAGGACCUGGAAGAAGCCACACACCAUCCUCCUGGGAGUUGCAGUGAUGAAGGUUCUAGUCCUCACCCUUCUCUCCGUUCUUAUUGCAGCAAAUGAAGCCAAAGAGUUUGAAAGAUGUAAACUAGCUAAGGAUCUGAAAGAGCAUGGGAUGGAUGGAUACCAUGGCAUCAGCCUGGACAACUGGGUCUGUAUGGCCAAACAUGAAAGUGACUACAACACUGCAGCCGUGGGGCCACCUAACUCAGACGGCAGUCGUAACUAUGGGAUUUUUCAAAUCAACAGCCACUAUUGGUGCUCCAAUGGACAGGGCCCAUCUGCCAAUGGUUGUGGAAAGCCCUGCAGUGCUUUCACAACUGACGACAUCACAGAUGAUAUUGAGUGUGUUAAGAAAGUGGUCCGUGACCCCCAAGGGAUGGAUGCCUGGGUAGCUUGGAGGAACCACUGCAAGGGAAAAGACGUCUCACAAUAUACCCGUGGCUGCAACCUCUGAAUUCCAUAGUCCAAAAUAAAAUCCAGCAUUUCUCUUUUGCUUCACUCUGAUACCUUUCCCUGUACAAUCAGCAUUGAGCUUGUCUUUUCUAUUCAGGUAUUUGCAUUUUGUGGCCCAAUAUGGUUGGCAGAAUGGCCUUCUUUGCAGAUAAAUGAAAUCAAGGGGGGAUUAGAAAUGUGUCUGGGUGGGAAAGUGGGAUUGAGCUUGGCUGAGAUUGUGAGCCUUUCUCUUUGAAGAUGUUUAAUAAAUUGAAUAAAUUGAG